AUGGACGACUAUGUCAAGAACAUGUUGGAAAAGGAUUCAAAGCAGGAAACACCAGCUGGUAACGAUUUACUGGAAGCUGGUAAAGGAAAGUUACUCAAUGCUGAGUACCGUCAAAUCGCUCGUUUGGGCAUUCAUUCAACGAUUACUAUUCUUGCCUCGAGAGUUCGAGAACCUACAGAGUCUGAUUGGAAGAAGUGUGUUCGCAUGAUGCGAUAUUUGUUUUGUACAUUGUUGUAUCACCUGACACUUUCCGCAGAAUCACUACGAGUCAUGAAAUGGAUGAUCGACGCAUCAUUUGCGGUGCAUCCAGAUUUCAAGAGCCAUACUGGCGGCACUCUGUCCUUUGGAGGAGGUGCAGCUCAAGUGAUGUCAAAGAAACAAAAGCAGUACGGAAGCGGAACUAAUUGCUGUUGA